GAACAAAGGGAGGCAAGGGUGAGCUUUGUUAUUCUAAGUUCCCUGAAAAUUCUACCCAUAAUUCCUCGGUAGAAGUGGUUCGCCAUAUUGUUGUUGUCAAGCCAGCUCGUGGGGUGUGCAACGAACUCCGGCAGGUCCUAAAUAAUGAAUGUCUCCGCAUCUUGCCUCCUUGUGAGCAUUAUCUAAUUAUUCUGAUCACAAGGGAGAAGACGAAGACAAGGUAUGCUCGCAUGAUGUGAGAAAAAAACAGAAAAUUUAUUGUGCCUACGAGCAUGAGAGGGAACAAUGACAGCUUCAGGUGUCAAAGAAGUAGUGCACAUCAUGAAUGACUUUGCCUCAAAUACUGGUCUGUCAAGUGCAUCAGUAGCUUGUCGUCGGUACCUGUGGACAGAUGCCUUUGCCGUUUGUAAUUACCUAGGGCUCUGGAAAGUGACGAAAGAUGAAAAAUACAGGCAGCUUGCUCUCAGUCUAGUAGACCAAGUUCACAAUGUCCUUGGAAGACAUAGGUCUGAUGACAAAAGAAAAGGAUGGAUCAGCGGCCUUAGUGAGGAACAAGGCAAGCUGCAUCCUACAUCUGGUGGGUUAAGAAUCGGCAAGAAAAUGAUGGAGCGCCAAGUCAAUGAGCCUUAUGAUGAUGAUCUGGAGUGGGAUCGAGACGGGCAAUAUUAUCACUAUCUCACUAAGUGGAUGCAUGCCAUGAAUACUGUUACCUUGGCAACCAGUGAUAACAAGUAUAAUAAAUGGGCUGCAGAGCUAGCACAGGGUACCCAUGAGAAGUUUACUUAUGAUUCUGGAGGAGGGAGAAAGAGGAUGUAUUGGAAGAUGAGCAUUGACCUUAGUUACCCUCUGGUUCAGAGUAUGGGCCAUCAUGACCCACUUGAUGGCUACAUCACAUACCUGCAAAUCCAGAGAACACUCAGGAAACAAGGCACAGAAGGACCAGACCUUUCACAGCAAAUAUCAGACAUGUCCAGUAUAUGCAAGGGCAAAGACUGGGUGACAACCGACCCCCUAGGCCUUGGGGGUCUGCUGUGUGACUGCUAUCGUGUGAUGGUCAUGUUGGAUGAUAAUGACAUUGAAGGUGGUGAAGAGUUGUUAGAAAAGCUGCUUGGCGCUUGCAACACAGGGAUGAAGUCUUACACAGAGGGCAGGUACGGCAACCAGCUGCAGAGACCAGCACAAUAUCGCCUCGCCUUCCGUGAGCUCGGGCUGGCAAUAGGUUUACAAGCCAUUGACCAGAUGCAAAAUCUCCUUAACGAAAACACAGGGCUUAUAACCUGCAACCCUCGCACCAAGACGCUCCUGGACAGCCUGAGGCAAUACGAGCCUCUUGUAGAGACCAUCAACAGUUUCUGGAGUAACCAAAACAACCAGCGUGCUAGUUCCUGGACUGGUCACCUGGAUAUCAAUAUGGUCAUGUGGGCAACUAGUUUGAUGCCCGAUGGCUUCUUCGGCCAGACGUCUUAGGUCAAGGUCAAACGGAUGUCCUUGCGCUGCAACAACAAGACUGCGACGCCUACGACAUACAUUAAGACAAUAUAAGGAAUAUCAUACGGCUUGUCUGUUGUUUUUCUAGACAUGUCAUUGUAAGGGAUUGGUUAGCUCACAGAAUCCUUAGCAUUUCUUCUAAAGGGGUCGUGCCUGGUGGGUCUUUUUCGAUCAAUGAUAAGGCGCGUUCGAGUAUUUCCUACUAAAGGUGUGUAUCCUUUUUGCUAGAGAUGUGGCAAAAGUUCUGAAGAUGUCUAAGUUUUUCAACAGAAAAUAUUUUCUCUAUAGCCUGCGUAGCGGCCAGGCCCCAGCCCCCCCUUCCUACCUCUUGAGCCGCUACGCAGGCUACCCGCUAAAAAUCUAAAAUCUUUGCCUCAAUAAUGGACUUCAAAUAAAACGAUAGACACCUAGGACGCCAUAGACAGAUUAAAGCAAAGCGCAGCAAAAGUGUUUACCGACUGUAGAGAGCAAUGAAAUUCUGCUGCCACUACGCAUUUCUUCUUGAUAAAAUUUAUGAUUGUAAGGAAAUCAUAACCUUGAUAAUAAAGCUUGCCCAACAACCAAAA